AUGGCGUGUCGUAAUCCAACCGCUGCAGCACCCCCAGGCGACCUCGUGAUGGGGGACGACAAGUACACGGAAACGAUGGUCAUUGUUAACCAGUCUGGUACUCAAGAACCUGAGCAAUACCUUUCUCCUCUUCCUUCUCAGCUGAACUAUAGCAACGAUACUGGCACGGAGACCGGUGUGGCCAUGGCGGAGGCAGAUGCCGAACGGAACCUCAAACUUCUCAGACUUAAAGUCAAUGUUUCCCUACCCAGAUCCGAAAGUAGCACACGUAUUCGUCGGUGGUCAAAAGCGCCGGCGCCACCACAACCUCCACCCAAGACGAGUUGGUUCAGCCGAAGAUCCAAGCCUACCGUAGAAACCCCUGCCGAACCCGACAACGCCUUUACCAGACUCACCGCAGAUCCUAGGUUACCAUUCACUGGACCUACCGAACCGGACGCAACUUCUGCUCGGGAUCUUGACAAUGCCAGUCCGUUAACCCUGGGACUGUGCGAACAAUUCCCAUGCCACUACUGCAUAUUUGUCUACAGUCGUCCAAGCGAUGCGGAUGAUGACACAUUUCCCUUCCGGCGAAGUGAAAUCGUCGCCCACGUCAACGAUGCUCCCCACGAUGCGACCCGCAUGAAAAUCUUGGACAGUCCUGAAUACCGCGACGCUGUACGUGACCGCCGUAUAGUCUACAUUGAAAUCAACAGCAAUUGCAGAAUUCGCUUGGGUGAACUGGAAGGCAGAAAGUCCCUGAAGAGGGGUCUACCGCGCCGAAGACUCACUAUUGCCGGACCCACCUUUUCGCAUAUCUGUGUUGCGGUCCAACUCCUGGAGCACAUGUUUCCCCGGCUCAUGCAGUAUGCUCUCUAUCCCUAUCGUCUUCCGUCGCCGGCUUCAGCUAAUUAUACCUCAAAGGACAAGCUCACCGUCAAUUACAAUGACUACGUGACUAGGCAGCCUGCCUGGCUUGGUCUCGUUCCAAACAUUGUUGAACGCGGCAGCUGGGCUAACUUCUGA